AUGCCAGAGCGCGUCCAGGAUGCUACGCGCGUCGCGCCGUAUCUCACGCAUGUCGUGCGGCACCACGGCCAGUUGACGCUUAUUCCGCCUGACAAUGCCGGUCGCGUGCGCAAGGAGGAGCGCGAGCGAAAACGCCGCGUACCGCGUGCAGAUGCAAGCACGUCUGCAAUCCGCAUCCAGCCUUCCGCUUCUGGAUCCAACUCGCGCAGGGAUCGUGCCCCGCGCCCUGCAAGCCAGCUUUCUGUGAGACCGGAAGAUCGAGUCAGCAUGUCAAUCCCAGACUAUCCUCCACCCUCGUUCGAGGAAGCCAUCCAGUCUGGCGCACGCUCGCCUUACUCUGCUUCGGCAGCUACAUCUGUGCUGUCCUUGACGACGGCCCCGUCCUCGCGCGCCCCAUCGCCGCCGCCUCCGAUACCCCCUGCGCGCUCCCAUGCACAGCCUCGUCUUCAAUUACACUCUCCGGUCCGAGAGAACCAUCCUCGCUGUAGCAUGCAGGUCAACACUUCAGACGCCGAGUCGGACCACGACUCAGAGCUCGAACCGGAACCCGAAGCCGACGGUGCAGGAUCGGAGGACUCGGGCGAGAUGAUUGAGGCUGCCGAGGCUACUGGGGCGACAACGAAUCCGUGGGAGCAGGAUCGUCUGGCUGGAUACUCGCUCAAGCAGCGCAUGGAGCGCGAACGGGCGCGCCAGCUGCUCGCCGAACCGCCCCCGGCAGCCAACGCUAACUCUACGCCUCGCCGAAGCAGAUCGCGGCUGAACCUCUUGCUUGCCGCAUCUCCAUCGAAGCUUAAUCUGCUGUCUCCCUCUUCAUCUCAGCUCAACCUCUCCAUGCCGUCGUCUUCUUCGAGACCCGAGGGUCUUUCGCCGACCACCUCAAUUGCGUCCAGUUUAGGCGCCCAGAGGCCUUCCCCGGUACCCAGAACUUCCUCCCCGCCGCCCAGGUCCGCUCGCGUGGCCUCUAGAUCUCCCACAAGGGGCGAACGUGCCACUUCACGUUCACCUACGAGGAGCGACCGUUCGCCGAGAGAGGUCCGCUUUGAUACGGAUGCCGAUGGGGAUGUCGUGGGGGGUGGGUCGCCAGUGCGCACCGCGUUCCCCCGUCGCGGACGAGCGCAAGUCUUUGGCGCAUUCGGAGCGUCGUCUGCCUCGCUUGUAUCGCCCUUACCUUCACCAGAGGUCGAAACAGCGCCUGCUGCCAAAAGCGCCGUUUCAUCUGACGUCGUAGCGGAAGCUCAAAGCACGAGUCCGCUUCGCUCGCUAUUCUCUUCGAGUCAGCUGUCGUUACCGUUGCAUUUCCUUUCCUCUAGAUCUAAUGAUCCUGAGGCAACGACCCCGUCUACUUCUGGUCCAAGUUCGACCAGACCGAGUAGGCCCAUAUCGACUCCUGGUAGCUCUUACGCGUCGGGCAGGCCAUCACGCGCGCCUUCUCGCUCCCCGACGCGGGUGAGCCGCGCGACAUCCCAAUCACCCAAUAGAGACGACUGGUCUCCGGAGGAAGAGCGCUUCGAUACAGACGUCGAUGGGGAUAUCGUCGGCAGCGGGUCACCAGUACGCACCGCGUUCCCCCGCCGCGGUCUUAUGCAUCUUCUUCCAGGCUUCACUGGCUCGUCAGCUUCGCUAGUCUCUCCGUUUCCUUCACCCGAGUCUCAUCUGCAGACGGCACAGACUGCUAUCGGCCAAGUUUCCUCCAACAUACCUGCCGUCGCGCAAACGCCGAGCCCGCCGCGAUCCUCGUUCUCGACCAGUCAGCUCUCUCUUCCUUUACACAUUCUCAGUCGCCCCGGUAGCCCGCCGCGCAAGUCGUGGCGCCGCGGUUCAGUGGACUCGCCCACUGCAUCGUCUCCUUCCCCACUCAGCUUGGCCACUUAUCUACCCCCCACCGAUGACAAAGCCAAAGAUUCGCUUGAGAGUUGGGAGCUACUGGAUGCAUCAGUCUCCGAUGCCGAGGCAUUCCAAUCCGUCAAUGUCAGCAAUCCAUCAUCGCCUGUUGCGAGCACAUCGAGUGCGAACCCCUUCCGCAGGCGCAAGCCGCCUCCACCUCCACCUGUCAAGUCAAAGCCCCGUCCCCCGCCCAUCUCAACUUUGAAGCCGCGCCUGAGCUUGAAGGGCAAGGAGCGGACACCGACGGUGGCUGACGCCUCAACACCUGCAACGACGUCUGGGCUGAAGGGGAAACUGGGCAACGCUUCGAGUAUAUGGGGUCGUAGGCGCACGGUGCCGGGACCUGCUUCUCCUAGUACCGCCAGUUUCGACAUAGACGACGGCCAAGGCGCUGAAAGCCCUGUCAGCGCCACUACACCGACAACUGGAGACAUCUUUUCACUCACGACACCUGCUUCUGCCAUGCUAGACGUUCAAUGCCAAUCUACAUCGGUUGCACCAACUUCCGAAUCCCCACUAACGCCCACCACACCCACGAACACUUCUAUGUCCUCAUUGCCUCCACGUCUAGCAUCGGCCUCUGCUUCCGCUUCGUCGUCUUCCUCUGCAUCAUCUGGACUUAUACCUGUAUCCUCCACUGUAUCAUCAUCCCAAUCUCUCGCCUCUGGUUCACCCUCUUCGCCCACAUCACCCGAAAACACGUCUUCCGUAUCGACACCAUCAUCGCCCACAUUAUCCACCGCGUCUACUCCCACGCCGGCGCGACCACCAUUCAUCAAGAGGGCCAUCCAUGCGCCACUGAGCCGCCCAGAAUCUCCUGCCGCGGAGCCUGCGCUAUAUGCAUUAGCGGCUGAGCGCACGCCGUCACCGCCACCGCCUUCGCUUCCGGCGAAGUCCAGCCCAGCGGUCACUACGAAGGGGAAAGAGCGCGAGGUUAUACAUGGAGCCUCAAAUCCCGCCCAAGGUGGGAGCUCUGCUCUGCGCGAGCGGCUCGGUAUGAGCCCGUCGACGAUAUGGGGACGCAGGCACACAGUGCCAGCGCCCGGGUUGCCCAAACCUGUUGCCGUUGAUGGAACAGCUUCGGGAGACGUAUCGGCCGGCACCGCCGCUACGCCAGCAAAGAACACGAGCAGGUCCACCACCCCCGUCGCGUUUGAAUCGUCCGCGUCUGCCUCGGCAUCGAGCGGUUCGUAUGUCCGGCCGGCGAUAGAGACGAAGCCAUUCAUCACGCGUGGCGCUUCGCGCCCCUCAAAGAUUACAAUGCUUCCUGCGCCUACACCGUUGUCACCACCGACUCCUCCGCCUCAUGUUCUCCUCGUCACUGCCACUGCCACUUCUCCUGCUCCUGCAUCGUCGCCAAGUUCGCAUGCAUCUGUAACGCCCGCUAUGUUAUCGAGCUCUCCGACAUCAACUUCAGAUGGGCCAGCCGCCCAGACCUCUUCCAUACAAUCCGUCAAGCCUUUGAUCUCAUCACCGGCUGGAUCCGGUGCAUCAACUGAGCCGAGCUCGCCAUCUACUCCAGACACUCCAACAUCGGCUUAUGAGCUAUUCGCAGCUAAGACGGUCAGCGGGACCACUCGUCGUCCGGCGCCUCCUUCUGCAUCACCCGCCGUGCAGGCGCUGGCCGCCAAACGCGCUCCCCCGCCGCCUCCACCACCGCGCCCUGUGCACCCUCGACGCGAACCACCCCCUGUUCCCCCACGAAUCGGCUCCGGGAGCUUCGAUUCUACGGUGAAAGGCCAUGUGCGCACGCACAGUGCGCCAACACCAUUCGCCGGGACGCAUUCUGAGCCCACUCAACAAGCACAGAUGGAGGCUGAGCCCCCAUCGUCGCCUCUGUCCUUGCAUGCGCCGCCUUCCCCAUCGCGUGCAAUGCCGCCCUCGCGUCCCUACGCGCCAGUGCGCCCGAGCCCGCUAGCUCAGCCACCCGUACCUGCUGAGUCGCCGCCGAAUGCGAACGUUGAUUCAUCAACGCUUAUCUUACGCGUACCCGUCCCGCCUCGCAGCGACUCAUCGAGUGCGACAGUUCGCGCGCCUGCGGCUUCCCCUUCGCCUGUGUGGACCCCUCUACAGUCGCCUAUGUCUUCUACUGCUGGCGAUACGGACUACGCGACGGCAGGUGAUGGGGAAACGGAUGUUAGAGAAUCGAGAGGUGUGGACAUGGAGCGCACAGAGAGUCUCAUCGACCUCUACGAUCACUCACCGGAGCCCUCCAGUGCGGACGUGAACGACGGCGAUGUGCACAUGGAGAUGAAUCUUCCUCGAUUACCUGAGGAUCUACCGCCGCCUGAUCUGCCUCUACCCGCACCGACGGCUCGCGCUGCUGCAUGGACUUCUUUAUUACCUUCACAGACGUCUAUUCCAUCGGCGGCAAUCACCCCUCCUGCUCUACCCCCCGCGCGCGAAGACCAUCACCCCGCUGGCCGUCGCCCCUUACCGCUCCCGCCGGGCGGUGGAUCGCGCCAGCCUAUGAUCCCGCCCAUACCAUUCUCGCGGCCCACCACACCUCGGGAAACAUCAGAACUGGCGGUUUCAGCUGCAUCGACGCCGGGUGUAACACCACGUACUCAUCUGGUACCAUCCUCCGCCCGUAUCGCUCCCUCAACCCGCCCGGCGCUGGGAACUUCCGCCUCUGAUCCGCAGGGUCUGUCAUCUCCGUCUUCCGUGCGGCUCGCGCGCCCGCAUCAGCCCCAGUCACGUCCAUCUACGCCUUCACUGCGCGAGCGUGCCGCUCCCGUCGCUCGUGUGGCCGAGCAUGCCCACACGGUGACGCCCUUGCCUCCGCCCGGUUCGAAUACCUCUGCGACUGUAUCAAGGGCGCCCACUCCCGCUUCUGCCGCGAGUACUGCUGAGUUGAGUGAACUGGAUAUUCUCCUCUCACGGCUCGACACUGCCGAUGGGCGUGCUGGAGAGAACUACGAGGACCUAUUGCGUGUGGCAGACAUCCUUGGACCUGCACGCCCGGCUAGACAUCCUGGCUCUGCUGUCAUGAACGCCCGGCGCGGAGAGGUGAAGUGCACGCGUCGCCGGGUUACCAAGGACGGCCGCACCAAGCUCAAGCUCGAGUUACUUGGUACAAGCGUCGACAAGUGCGGCAUUUGCCUCGCGCAAAUGCGAGAUGGCGAGGCGGGAACCCGAGCUGAAGAGUGCAGGCAUGCGUUUCAUGAGAAGUGCCUACGCCGAUGGCUUACUCAGCGCGGCACUUGCCCGAACUGUCGGGAGCCGCUUCAGAUGGAGGCGUAG